CCAUCCAUGGCGUAUUUCCGCUCUGGCUCUGGUAGGGAAGGGCGCCUUCUCGGGUUGCCAAGCAACGGCUGAAAUCUUAGCGAAGCUCCCGAAGUAACGGCCGGUGUACUUAUGUACCGGAUCGGUGUGUGAUUGAGGGCGAUGGCAGAAGUACACAUUAUCGGACAGAUCGUCGGGGCGAGUGGUUUCCCGCAGCACAGUCUGUUUUGCAAAUGGGGUGUACACACAGGUGGAGCCUGGAAACUGCUGUCUGGGGUGGUGGAAGGUCAAACUCAGGUGGAUAAUCCUCAGAAUGAAGAAAUGGCAUUUUGGUCACACCCAAUUGACAUACAUUUUGCUACCAAAGGCUUACAAGGUUGGCCUAAGCUCCAUCUCCAGGUUUGGCACCAAGACAGUUUUGGAAGGAAUGAGCUUUACGGCUAUGGCUUCCUUCAUAUCCCUUCCACCCCUGGCACUCACUCCCUGCUAACCCCCACAUGGCGACCUUCGGGCACUUGGCAGGAGCAGAUCUCCCAGAUGUUUGUGGGUGGGGGACCUCAGCUGAAAUCUCCAAGCCUCAUCUAUGGAGGUGCCGACCGCUACCGCCUACAGACUACAAGCAUGGGGCAGGUUCACCUGGAACUAACGGUCAUACACCGGAACUUUGAGCGCUACGGUGUGGAAUGUUAGAGAUUUGUUUUCAUGGAUCUUAUCACACCAAAGAUUCUCCAGAAGAACGCCUAAUCUAUUUUCUUCCGAACACAAUACCUCAAUAUGUAGAGGGAAAGCUUCUAAUCCGGCACUUUUUGUCUACAAGGUACUGCAUACGUUUGGUACCUGUGUUAUCAACCGAUGGCCAUAGUGACAACUAUGAUUUUUGUAUUUUUUAAUCUGUUGUGUUUUUAUAUUAAUGUGUUUUUAAUUCAAAAAAUUAUUUUAAAUAUUUUU